GAAGGGGCUCAGUCAGGGGAGGUGGGGGCGGUGCCGCGGGGCGGGCCCGACCGUCCCGGAGCUAAGUUGUAGAUUCAGGCUUCUCCCGACUCUGUUGCUUCCCCUUGGGCUUCUCCGACCUAACAGCACGGCUUUGGCCCGGGAGCUGCUGAACCCGCGCCGCCUCUGGGUGAGGACACGCCUGCCCUGGUCGAGAAAACUUUUCCUGCCGACUCAGGGCGGUGGUGGCAGGAAGUCCGGGCAAGCGACCUGCCCUCCGCCGGCCCCGCGCGCCCCGCCGGGCGUCAGCACCAAGCUAGCGAUCAAAUUUGUGGGGACCCCUUCUCCACUGACGGCGAGUCUCGCCUCCAGGGAGCGCCUGGCCCCGGGGAGGGCGGCUAGCCAGGGCGAAGGCCAAGGGCGCGUGGUGGCGCCGGAGGCGAGGUGAGGAGCGCCGCCGGGACCCGCACCCGAGAGCGCCGAGGGCGCGCAGCCGGGGAGAAGGGAGCCUCCGGUGGCUGCUGCUUAGAGUCCACAGUCGGCUGCCUCCUCCGGGUGAGGACAGUGUCCUGGUCCGGAGUCUAUUUGAGGAAAAUGAAGUUAAGCCGCCAGUUCACCGUGUUCGGCAGUGCGAUCUUCUGUGUGGUGAUUUUCUCGCUCUACCUGAUGCUGGACCGGGGUCACCUGGACUACCCCAAGAACCCGCACCGCGAGGGCUCCUUUCCCCAGGGCCAGCUCUCAAUGUUGCAAGAAAAAAUAGACCAUUUGGAGCAUUUGCUAGCUGAGAAUAAUGAGAUCAUCUCAAAUAUUAGAGACUCGGUCAUCAAUUUGAGUGAGUCUGUGGAGGAUGGUCCGAAAAGUUCGCAAGGCAAUUUCAGCCAAGGUGCUGGCUCCCGUCUGCUGUCACAGUUAUCCCUCUCAGUUGACCCUGCAGACUGUCAGUUUGCUUUACAAAGUGGAAGUCAGAAUUCAGAUGUUCAGAUGUUGGGUGUUUAUAGUCUACUUUCUUUUGACAAUCCAGAUGGUGGAGUUUGGAAGCAAGGCUUUGACAUUGAGUAUGAAACUAAAGAAUGGGACACUGAACCCCUUCAAGUCUUUGUGGUGCCUCAUUCCCAUAAUGACCCAGGUUGGUUGAAGACUUUCAAUGACUACUUUAGAGACAAGACUCAGUGUAUUCUUAAUAAUAUGGUCCUAAAGCUGGCAGAAGACUCGAGGAGGAAGUUUAUGUGGUCUGAAAUCUCUUACCUUUCAAAGUGGUGGGAUAUUAUAGAUAAUCAGAAGAAGGAUGCUGUUAAAAGUUUAAUAGAAAAUGGUCAAUUUGAAAUUGUGACAGGCGGCUGGGUCAUGCCUGAUGAAGCUACUUCCCAUUAUUUUGCCUUAAUUGAUCAACUAAUUGAAGGGCAUCAGUGGCUGGAAUAUAAUCUAGGAGUGAAACCUCGGUCUGGCUGGGCUGUCGAUCCUUUUGGAUAUUCACCAACGAUGGCUUACCUUCUGAAACUCUCUGGAUUUUCUCAUAUGCUUAUCCAGAGAGUUCAUUAUGCAAUUAAAAAACACUUUUCAUUGCAGAAAUCGCUGGAGUUUUAUUGGAGACAGAAUUGGGAUCUGGGAUCUGUCACAGAUAUUUUAUGCCACAUGAUGCCCUUCUACAGCUAUGACAUCCCUCACACUUGUGGACCUGAUCCUAAAAUAUGCUGCCAGUUUGAUUUUAAACGGCUUCCCAGAGGCAGAGUUGGUUGUCCCUGGGGAGUCCCCCCAGAAACAAUACAUGCUGGAAAUGUUCAUAGCAGGGCUUCGUUGCUUUUAGAUCAGUACCGAAAGAAGUCAAAGCUUUUUCGUAGUAAAGUUCUCCUGGUCCCCCUAGGAGAUGAUUUUCGCUACUGUGAAUACACAGAAUGGGAUUUGCAGUUCAAGAAUUACCAGCGGCUUUUUGAUUAUAUGAGUUCUCAAUCUAAGUUCAAUGUAAAGUGCAAUGCUACCUUUCCUUUCCAAGAUUCCCAUCAAAUCCUCAAUCUGGGUCUCCACUUGCUAGCUGCUACCUGGAUGUUGAGACUUCAUUUCAUUCCAGAUCUCUGCCUACAGCAAAUCCAGAGUUCUGACAUGAGCUGCACUGAGAUCCAGUUUGUGGCCCUAUAUGGGUAA